UGGGGAAGGCGGGGGCGCGGCGGUGGCGGGAGCGUGCCCGGUCCCCGCCCCUGUUUCCCACUCUCCUUCCACCUCCGACCGGCCGGGGCUCGGCAGAGGCGCCGCACGUCAGUCCCCGGAGCCGCCCAGCUGCCGCUGCCUGGCCUGCUCCGCUCGCGGUGAGCCCGUCAGUUCCCGCACCGUGCGCUCCUCCAACUGGGCCAUGGAUGGUGUUGUUACAGAUCUUAUAGCAGUCGGUUUAAAGCGGGGAUCUGAUGAGAUUCUUUCUUCUGGCAUCAUUAACAGACCUUUUACCAUGAACAGUUCCACUCCUUCUACAGGUGUGUAUGCUAAUGGGAAUGACAACAAGAAAUUUAAAGGAGAUAGACCUCCCUGUUCGCCUUCCCGUGUUCUCCAUCUUCGCAAAAUUCCCUGUGAUGUCACCGAAGCAGAGGUCAUAUCAUUAGGUCUACCAUUUGGCAAAGUAACUAAUCUUUUGAUGUUGAAAGGCAAAAGCCAGGCCUUCUUAGAAAUGGCUUCUGAGGAAGCUGCUGUUACCAUGGUGAAUUAUUACACUCCUGUCACACCGCACCUUCGAAGCCAGCCUGUUUAUAUCCAGUAUUCCAAUCACAGAGAACUCAAGACUGACAAUCUGCCUAAUCAGGCUAGAGCCCAAGCUGCCCUGCAGGCUGUCAGUGCUGUCCAGUCAGGAAGCCUGGCCCUUCCUGGAGCUCCUUCCAAUGAAGGCACCAUCCUACCUGGGCAGAGCCCUGUGCUCCGAAUAAUUAUUGAAAACCUCUUUUAUCCUGUUACUUUGGAAGUUCUUCAUCAGAUAUUUUCCAAAUUUGGCACAGUCUUGAAGAUUAUCACCUUUACAAAGAAUAAUCAGUUUCAAGCCUUGCUUCAGUAUGCUGACCCAGUGAAUGCACAUUAUGCCAAAAUGGCUCUGGAUGGCCAGAAUAUCUAUAAUGCAUGCUGCACUCUGCGUAUUGACUUCUCCAAGCUCACCAGCCUUAAUGUGAAAUACAAUAAUGACAAGAGCAGAGACUUCACUCGCUUAGACCUUCCUACUGGUGAUGGUCAGCCAUCCCUUGAACCCCCUAUGGCUGCUGCUUUUGGUGCACCAGGAAUAAUGUCUUCACCAUAUGCAGGGGCUGCUGGAUUUGCCCCAGCCAUUGGAUUUCCUCAAGCUACAGGUCUGUCGGUCCCGGCUGUUCCUGGAGCUCUUGGCCCUCUGGCAAUCACCUCCUCUGCUGUCACUGGAAGGAUGGCCAUUCCCGGGGGCAGUGGGGUACCAGGGAAUUCCGUUCUGCUUGUCACCAAUCUCAAUCCCGAUCUCAUCACACCACAUGGACUUUUCAUCCUAUUUGGCGUGUAUGGUGACGUACAUCGAGUGAAGAUUAUGUUUAAUAAGAAAGAAAAUGCCUUGGUUCAAAUGGCAGAUGCAAAUCAAGCUCAACUAGCAAUGAACCAUCUGAGUGGUCAGAGACUUUAUGGAAAAGUGCUUCGUGCUACAUUGUCUAAACAUCAGGCAGUUCAGCUUCCUCGAGAGGGGCAAGAAGACCAAGGCCUGACUAAGGAUUUCAGCAAUAGUCCCUUGCAUCGCUUUAAAAAGCCUGGUUCUAAAAACUUCCAGAAUAUCUUUCCACCAUCAGCCACACUGCAUCUUUCUAACAUUCCGCCUUCUGUUACAGUGGAUGAUCUGAAGAACCUGUUCAUAGAAGCUGGAUGUUCAGUGAAGGCUUUUAAAUUCUUUCAGAAAGAUCGCAAAAUGGCACUCAUUCAGUUGGGAUCUGUGGAAGAAGCAAUCCAGGCCCUCAUUGAACUUCAUAACCAUGACCUUGGAGAAAAUCACCACCUCAGAGUUUCCUUCUCAAAAUCUACAAUCUGACCUUCCUGUGAAUUUUCCCCUAAAACUGGACCAUAACUUCAGUAAAACCUUCAGACUUAGAUGGAAGCAGCUCAAGACCAAUUCUGCCUCUUUCACUAAAUAACUUUCUGAAUUUGUUACUCAAGUAUAUUGACAAAAAAGUCAAGAAAUGUUUUUUCCACCCCUACCCCCAUCAUUAUGUGAUCAAAGGUUUGUUUUUCCUUUGAAACAAGGUUUCUAUGAAAAUAACCUUCAGGAACAAAAACCAGGAAAAAUUCUUUUUUCCAGUAAUUUAAUUUCCUACACUAAAUUAGAUUUCAAGAGGACAGACUUUCUCUUGAUGGAUCCAGACCUUCUUUUAGUUUGGGUCCAGAUCAGCCUUAUCCAGUGUUUCUAAACUCCUUUGUACUUUGAAAAAUUUAAACAUAUGGACUUUUAAAAUCACUUGAUGUAAGUAAUUUAAAUCACCUACAACCAAGUUUUUAACUUUGAUUCAGAAGUUUAACCCCUGUAGGAAAUUAUGUCCAUUUAUAAAUUAUGUCAAAUAUUUGCCAUAGAUUGAUGUUUAUUAGAUAUAAACACAUUGUAUUGGGAGCAGAUCUGUAAAUUUACAUGUUUUCUUUCAAUGAUUCCUCCCUCUGGCCCCCCCCCCCCCCCCGAACACUCCUUUGAAUACUGCGUGUCUUAACUUUUUAAGAUUAUUUGGAAAAAUGAAGUCUCAACUGUCCCCAGGGAAAUUAAGUGGAAUCCAACCAGGAUCUAUUAAGAUGUCAGAGUAAUUAAUAAUUUUAUCAGAAAAAUUAUGUUUUAAAUUUCAAAAGGACACUUAUUUGUUGAGUAAUACAAUCUGAUCUUUGGAAAAUUUCAAAAACAAUCCUACUUACAAACUACUUUUUUAUAGUUUUCAGAAAAAAACGUUUACAGUCUUAAGGAAAAAUUCAGGUCUAUCAUGGUUUGACAGAUUUUUUAAGAGUUAUUUUUGGUAAGGCCUUCUUUUAGAAAAAAAAAUCUCAAGGGUUUUUUGUACCACUAUAAUCUCUAAUACUUAUUCAGAAUUACUGUGUAUUUACUUAAUUUCUUCUUAUGUGCCUUAUUAUGUGCUUAAGAUACAAUAGGUUAGAAUUUUAUCUAAAUAUCUUGAAAGCUAUAUUGUGGGCUUGGUGAGCAUUUCGGGUUUCUUUUUUUCCCUUUUUUGGUAAAGAUUUUAAAGGGUUUUUUAUUGCAAUUUUAAAUGCUUUUCAAUAAGUAAUAGUUUUUAUUCAAAUUUUUGGUGCUUUGGUGUAGAGACGGGCUGGGGAAGAGUGAGUGGUGGGGGAAUAACUCAGUGCAUACCUGUAGGCCUCUUUCCAUUGUGACUGAUCGCGGUUAUUGCCAGUGUCACACACCAGUCUGGGGCUUUAGACUUCAAUCUCGGUUUCCAGAUCAUGUCUCAUUUUUAUUACCCAUCAGAAUUUGUCUCAGGGUUACUUGGUUCUUCUCUGUACUCAAGUGAGAACUUGCUUUCCUUUCUUAAUGUAACUUCAUUACUGAAUGUCCACAUAUUUGGAGUGUGAAAAGGUUGGCUGUUUCUCAUACUCUGAACCUUUGUCUCUCUUUGGUUGAAUGUAAUAGUACAUUUAUUGGUUCAGUGAUUGUGUGAUGUCAAAUUGUUUCUUUUUUAAGAAGAAACUUUGCUUUUGUAAAUUAUUCCUUUUUUUUUUUGAAGCAGAAUUUGUCAAAGGGGUCACUUUUGUCCACCCCUUUUAUACUUUUUUCAGAGUGACUCAUCUCAACUUUUAAUAUAAUACCAAUUUUUUUUUUCUGUUUUCCCACCAUUAAUUUGAACAUAGGUUUUUACAAAACAAAUUUUUACAAAACAAGGCUGCAAAAGAUCUUAGAGAUUGUUUAAAAGCAGAAUAAGACACUAAGUUGUGACCUUGUGACCUUUCGGAUCCAUCAAUUUAGUGUUAACUGGAUACAGUAUAUUAAUUGGUCUAGAUGGAGGUUUUUUUUUUUCCCCCACUUAUAAAAUAUACUUUUACCUAAACACUGAGUCGGAAAGAGGAAACAGUUUCUUUGAGAAAUCUCCCCAACUUUGCUCAGUUUUACACUGGCACUAUUAUAAUUUUCAGUGGCAUGUUAAAUUGGACUAUUUCAUUUACUUUGAGUUAGAAAUUACUGUAUAAUUUUUGAUUCGUGAUUCUAGUAACAUCCAGCGUAAGUGUAGCAAGUUACCUAUAGCAGAAAGGAGAUCAUAAUGGUGUUGAAUGUAAUUUUGAAGUAGGGAAUGGCCUUUUAAAUCAGAGAGAACAUUUGAAUCCUCUUCAGGGAUUUGUGUAGAUACUUGUGUGCGUGCGUGCGUGUGUGUAACAGAUAAGUGUAUACACAACAUACACUCUUCUGAUGUUGUAUAUACAUAUGCACAUUACAUACAUUUUAAUUUAUUGACAAAGAAAACUUAACCAAAUUAAGAUUUGGAGAAGUGGCAUAUUCUUAUUUUAAAAGAGCAUGUUUGAAGCCAUCGGUUUGUGUCUAAAAUUAGCUGUAGCACAUGGAUGUUGUCCAUUUUGAGCUAUUUGCUCUUUGAAUUAUAGAGGUCUACAGUAUUUGUGUUGGUGUAGUUUUUGUAAAAAGACUCAGAAAAAAAAAUCAGGGUGGUGGAAAAACUAGAUCUGUGUAUUGUUUUGGCAUGCAUUUAUUCCAUAUCUUCUAAGCAAUGGUUUAAACUCGGUCUUUUAAGUUUAUUUACUUUAAGGAGUAUUAUCAUAUCACUUUUCAAAAUAUCUUAACUUUUACACAACAUAUAUAUAUAUCUUCAGGACUGUAAAAAAUAGCAGUACACAUUUAACAGUAGCUAUUCAUGCCUAAAUGUUUUACUUUGAGAUUGGAAUAACUUGCAUAGCAGUAAGUAUCAUACAUUCUUUAAGACAAAAUAUUACAAUUAUAAUCAGUUAUUUGUAGCAACGCUUCUGCUUUUGCUGUUGGAAGUUGCAGAGCUCACAGUUUGGAGAUGCCGUGUUUGCUUGCCCUGCAGGCUUCUCCUUUUGGCCAGAUUUGCCUGGCAAACCUGUGGGGUUUGCUUCAGUUGAAGAAGUAGCGCUUAAGAGUCUGUAUGUUCAGUUUCAUAGAAAGUUUUCAAAGUCUCCAUGACAUCAGACAGCAGCAUUUAUAGAUUCAGUUUCUCUCUUGUUCCCAUUUAAUGUUUUUGGGCAGAAGUGUGGUUCCUCCCCUUCCCCUAGCCGAGUUCUCAGCCUAUCUCUUAGAAAACCUAAUGUGUACUGCUAUUUUUCAAACCAAAAAGAGAACAUGACUAAGCGUAAAACAUUCUUCUUAGCCUUUCCUAUGUCUUGAUCUAUUGUUAACAGGAAUAAAACUGCCAGAGUUAAAAUAUUCUAUUGUGCUAAAGAAAAUAACAAUUCAGAUUGCACAAUUUUAAACAAUAACUCAGCUGUCUUUUGAAAGAUUUGUGUUGUUGUCUACAAGACUAUUUGCAGUCUUUUUUCAGAGCAAAUUCUUAACAGCUAGUUGUAAAUGGUUUAAAAAAUAGAAAGUUACUCAUCUUAGUUUUGGGGUUUUAUAGAGAGAAAAACAAAACAGGACCAAAGUUUAUGUGCCUUCUUCAGUAGUCUUAAUUGACCUUUUCUUCCUAUUUGAGACUUAGGUAGUAUCAGUAUUCUGGUUUUCAGGAAAUAUGUACUAUACAGUUUUAAAAGAACACGGUCCCACAAACUGUUCAUACAAGCAAAGCAUUAUAACUGUGUAAAUGAAGCCUCAGUUACACUUUCGCCUUCAGCGCAUGACAUUCAUCACAGAGCAUCGUUCCCAUCCGAGAACAGAGCCAGCUGCUCUCAGUCUUUGUGGUAGUCUCACCUUCGUUUCUGAAACCUGAGGCUUGUGUUCAGAGAACAGGGAUAUUUAUCUGGUCCAGUGACCUUGGUGAUAACAGUCAUGAUUGAAAGCUGCUUGUGGCAAGCUUAAGUCAGCAUUGUCAGCAGAUUUUUGUUGUUAAUUGUUACAUUAUUUUCUUGGAUCUAUGGAGUAGUUGUAAUAACAAAUAUUUAAAUAGCUAUUUUUUUAUGUCAUUAAAAAAAUCAUACUCUGGCCUUUUUCUUUUCUCCCCUUACCAUUGUUACCCAGAUCUUUUAAAAUUCCAUCCCAAGUCCAGAAAAUACUUAUAAAGAUUGCUGACCAAGCAAAAGUUUUGCAUCAAAAUGUCACCUCAUUGCUCUGACCAAAGACUGACUCUUCUGGUUGUAACUCCUCUCUGCAAAGCAUUUCCCCAACCUCCUUUCUGAAAGAAGACCCAAGGCAGAGUGGCCUUUCCUUUCUGUUUCCUAUUGAUGAAUAGACUACUUGGAGAAAAAGGGAGUUUAAAUGUGAACAGAAUGUUUAGGAUGGCAAGGUUUGAUGGGCAUUUUCAGUACUGUAUUUAAGAAAAAAAAUAGCACAGCUAGGAGCCUCUGACACUGUCUCAUGUUUUAUGUGGUCUGUCCAUAAAAUUCCCUUUUUUGGUUUAUAAGAAUGUUCAUCUAACAGAAAAAAAAGUGCUGUAAAUAUUUAUAACAAAUUUUUUUUAAGCCAGGCCAAAAAAAGAGAAAGAGGUUUUUGGGAACAAGUUAACAUAUAAAGUGGUUUUAUAUAAAACAUCAAUUGUCUUGUAUAUUUUGAUAAGCAUCAGUACCAGCUUUCAUUUGUAACACGGUUUGUGGCGUUGGAAGAAAAGGAUUCUGUGAUUGUUGAAGUGAAUUGUUAUAAAUGCAAAGAGAUGAUAAAAUAUUAAAAAACAUAUUUUCUAAAUGCGUAGUGCAUGGUUAAUUCAAGCUUCUGUACACUACAGUAUAUUCCAUUUUCAUUCAGUUUGUAUAUUUGCUAUUACUUGAUAUCUCUAAUAUCUCUUUUCCUAAUAGGUAAAGCAUUGUAGCAUGCCUUUUAAUAAAUGUCAUGACAUCUGUACUCUCUUAAAA